CUGGGACUAUUUAUGGCGUCAGUUGUGAUCGAUUAUCUGGUUAUGGAACCAGCAGUGGUUGAUGCUGUUAUUACAAAACUUGCACUGGACAGAAAGUAUGAAAUGCUUGUUGAUCUGCUGAAGUAUUGUGCAAUGCAUACGAAUUUGUCAUUUAUCAGAGGAAUCGAACUAAAAUGGUCCCAUGCUGCACGAUGGCUUUUUUCUUUAAUUGAGAGUGGAACUGCGGAUGAGAAGCAGCAGUUUUGUCGCUUUCUUCUUUUUUGUUUAUGGUUGGUUCAUUCACCGAUAUUGCUUUCGCUAUGCAAGCAGAUUUUUUUCGUAGGAAACAAAUUUGUUGCUAUUUCUAGUUGUCCGAAAGAGUAUGGUCGUUCACUGGGAGAAAUCGUUCAUUCGCUGGAUCAGAAGAAAUUCCCGGUUGUUCAUCGUUUAUUGUUGCUGGCCUCGUGCGCUGUAAUUGUAAGUUCCAUCAAACUUUUUAUUUUCAUCAUAUUAUAACU